AUGUCAGGUCUUCUCCAGGCCAAGGGUAACUUGGAAGACAGGGAUGCAGCUCAGUCCCAGCCUCUUCGAUGUUGCCAAAAUGGUGGCACUUGCAUCCUGGGCAGCUUCUGUGUGUGCCCUGUCCACUUCACUGGCCGCCACUGUGAGCAAGACCAGAGAAGCAGCACAUGCAGUGUUCAAGCGCAUGGAGUUUGGACUAUCAGCAGCUGCCGACUCUGCAGGUGUGUCUAUGGUACCCUGCACUGCCUCGCUUACCAGACUCCAGGCCUCUGUGUUGUCUCCAUUUGUACCAACAGUGCCACCAAGAAAAAUGGGAUUGUAGCCCAGUGUAGCACCUUUACCUUCCUCCUUUCUCCUGUUGAGCUCUUCCUGUGA